CAGACAUCGAUUCCACGCACUUGCCUACCUUUGUCCUAGACCAUAUCAGAGAUGCCUCGUCCAUUGAACAGGGAGCAGGCACUCGCACGUCUCCGGGAGACGAUCGCGUCGGGAAAGAUCAUCCUAGGUGCUGGAGCAGGAAUCGGUCUUUCAGCCAAGUUCAUUGAGAAGGGGGGAGCGGAUCUAAUCGUCCUCUACAACAGCGGCCGUUUCCGCAUGGCGGGACGUGGCUCGCUUGCGGGCCUCAUGCCCUACGGCGACGCCAACGCCAUUGUCCUUGACAUGGCAAAUGAAGUACUUCCAGUCGUGCAAACUGCCGGGGUUCUCGCAGGCGUCUGCGGGACCGACCCAUUCAGAUCCAUGCCGCGGUUCCUUCGGCAGCUAGUAGACAUUGGUUUCUGCGGCGUGCAGAACUUCCCCACUGUGGGCCUGAUUGACGGCACGUUCCGCCAGAACCUAGAAGAAACUGGCAUGAGCUACGCACUGGAGGUCGAGAUGAUUCGGGAGGCGCACCAGCUCGGGCUCCUGACCACGCCUUACGUCUUCGAUGUCGACCAGGCCGUCGCCAUGACACGGGCAGGUGCCGAUGUCCUCGUCGUCCACAUGGGCCUCACCACCUCAGGCAGUAUCGGGGCGCAGACCAGCGUCACACUGGACGACUGCGUGAGCACGAUCCAGGCGUGUCGAGACGCUGCUGUCAAAGUCAAUCCGGACAUCAUCGUGCUGUGCCACGGAGGACCGAUCGCACGGGCAGAAGACGCGGAUUACGUCUUGAGCAGGACGAAGGGAGUGCACGGGUUUUUCGGCGCGUCCAGCAUGGAGCGUCUGCCGGCGGAGGUCGCAAUUGAGGAAAACACAAAGGCGUUCAAGCUGCUGAAACCAGGAGUAUGAGGAGGGGAGGGGACCAAUGGAGU